AAGCCGGAGAGAAUGUUCCACUAUAAGUCUGUUGUAAAAGCGGCAGUACGAUGUCCUCAUUUUCAGGUUCCGUGAUUGCAAUUGUGACUGCGGCGAAACCACUUCAUUCAACCCACUCGCGUGAGUUCAGUUUGAUCUUCAUUCCUUCAACAAGACCUCUUUCUACACAUUUCUGCUACCUCAAGUUCAAGGUCCUCGAUCAAACAUUGCUGUAUCUCAAUCCACUCGCACUACAAUCACAAUGUCGACCUCAGCAAGACGCCGCUUGAUGCGAGACUUCAAGCGCAUGCAAACAGAUCCCCCAGCUGGUGUCUCUGCUUCGCCUAUUGCAGACAAUGUCAUGACAUGGAACGCCGUCAUAAUCGGCCCCGCAGACACACCCUUUGAGGAUGGCACUUUCAGAUUGGUCAUGCAAUUCGAAGAGGCAUACCCUAACAAACCUCCGGGCGUCAAGUUCGUCUCGCAGAUGUUCCAUCCUAAUGUCUACGGCACCGGCGAGUUGUGCUUGGACAUCCUCCAGAACAGGUGGUCUCCGACGUACGAUGUGGCGGCGAUUUUGACCAGUAUCCAAUCACUCCUCAAUGAUCCAAAUACCUCUUCCCCUGCGAACGUCGAGGCCUCCAACCUGUACAAGGACAAUAGGAAGGAAUACACUAAGCGGGUGAGGGAGACGGUAGAGAAGAGCUGGGAAGAUUGAAGAGCAAAGAUCAUGACCACGAAAUACUAUCGGAUUCAGCGAUUGCAUACCAUGCGGUGAGACGGCGUUUCGGGCGUUCGACAUUCAUAUCAGCUCUUCAUUGGGCUUUUUGGGCUUUCAGGGGUUGAUCAAUGCCAACUAAGGGGUAGGACCGUUCUCCAGCGAGGAGUCGAUCGGAAGGAAGGGUGUUCAGGGUGCUUACAACAGACACAACUACAUGUGUGCUUAUCGGCUA